CGGCCUUCGCUCUGCCCCAGUGAUAUUUGUGAGCGGAGUGGAGCUAAACUUAGCCCUGACAGUAGGCUACCGCUCAUCAUCACAACAUACUCAGCAGACCACAGUGGGUUACAAUGGACGGUGUCACGUUACCGCAGAUGCUGCUGUAUCUCACUGGUGUCGCCGGCCAAACAAGAUGUAGACUUAAAGACUGCAGGCUUUUCUGUCUUUCACUCUCUACACUUGUAUUCCUCUCUGUCACGAUGGGCAGCUAUAGCUCAGCCCUCAUUCCUGACACUGAAGAGUUUGAUUCAGUUGUGUCGAUGGCAGAGAAGCUGAAUGAGCAGGUAGCUCAUGCUGCAGAUGAGAGGUUACAGUCAGAGCUUCAGACUCUGGUAACACUCAUGAUGGAGGAGGAAAGAAAAGAAAACCAGAGUGAAGAGCCGGAUGCGUUAACACUUCAAGAAAACUCUCAGGAAACAAGCCACAAUGGGUCUGCCCUGCCUGCAGCGGCAUCCAAAAGUGUUCCCAUGCAGUCCUUCAUCUCCCUGUUACCCAAGGCUCUCUCUGCUGUACUACAUCCGACGCUGCCCCCACACAUCAACUCCGACCCCCAGCUGAGCAGAAAUCCACCGAGCCUGCAACAACUGCAGACAGAUCUGAGAGACCUGAGGGACCAGUUUGAACUGAUGAAGAGUCAGCACAAUAAAGAAAUUAAACUGCUGAUGAAUGAGCUUGAUGAAGAGAAAAGGAUUCGCUUGACUUUACAGAUGGAGAUUCAACGUAUGAAGAAGCACAUGUCUAAAUGAGUGGAGAACUUCACCAUCAUUAAAGACACAUUUUAAAGGUCCUGCUGAUACUUAUCUGAUAAACAAUAUUUUUCUAAGUUUUAAAAAAUCAUCCUCGCUCCUUUUUGAUGAAAAAGUAUAAUAGCCAAGAGGACCGAAUGUUUUUACUGAGUCAUUGCUGAAAGUUAAAAGGUGAGGUACAGUGGGAUCAGACUUGAUAUAAGAGAAGAGUAUCUGUUGACCGUUCUCUCUGGAAAUGAGCAGUAGACUGUUAUACAUUCAAUUUGUUUUAUUUCUGUAGAUGGACUUAAUAACUAUGGCAUCAUAAAUCCUGUAGUGUGGUAAAUGUUUUCCAAAAUGUAUUUAGGUUUCCAUGAAGAGAAAAACGUUUUUUUUUUUUUUUCAUUUCCCAUGGCUGUUGGCCUAAAUAUGUGUUGGAGAUCAUCACUGUUGAAUUGGUUUUCUAAUAAUUUUUCCUUUAUCCGGCCGUGUAGAAAACAUCUGACAGUGAAACAGAGAGGACAUGUAAUAAGAGCCAGCAGCUAAUCAGCUAUCAUUAGUUUAUAAUAAUGUGAUGUGGAGGCGCAAACUUGAAGCUUCUAUCAUAUUUAAGGUGCAUAUAGUUUUCAAAAAUGUAAGUUUGCCUUUUUAUCGUGCCAAAAAUGUACUGACCAAGAUGUCAGUGAAUUCAUGUUCAUGUUGUUGAUGUGUAGGAGCAUUGUGAAUUCAUUAAAGAUGUUGCACAUUA